AUGUUUUCUAUUGCCAGGAGAAAUGCUCCAUCAUUUGUGUUUGUUGACGAAAUUGAUGCCAUUGCUGGAAGGCAUGCAAGAAAGGACCCACGAAGAAGAGCAACUUUUGAAGCUUUGAUUGCACAACUUGAUGGAGAGAAAGAAAGAACAGGAGUGGAUCGUUUUUCUCUCAGACAAGCUGUGACUUUCAUCUGUGCGACAAAUAAGCCAAAUGAAUUGGACUUGGAAUUGGUUCGUCCAGGACGCAUAGACCGGCGCUUGUAUAUUGGUGUGCCCGACGCAAACCAACGAGUGCAGAUUUUCAGCGUACAUAGUUCUGGAAAGCAACUUGCAGAAGAUGUUGACUUUGGAAAGGUAAGUUCUGCCCUGUUCAUCUCCUUUCCGUAG